AUGCAAGUCGACCAUCCUCAACCACAUGCCUGGCAGCGUCAUCUCGCCGGGUUCGGCGCCGCAUCUGCCGCUCUCGGCAGCACAUCCCCCACGUCACCAAAACCCGCGGACCAGGUCAGCACCUCGCGGUCGAUCUUCAACCUCAUCAAGAAGACACGUGGCGCGCAGCCGUCCACGGGAGUCUCGGCUACGGGCGGCUCGGCUGGUCAAUCAGGAAGCGUGGGACACGUAGGAAACGCAGCUCAUUCAGUGGGGCAGUAUGGCGACUUGACGGGGCGUAACGGCGGCUCAGCGGUUACUCACGACUUGGGCCCGUCCACGUCAGCGCGUCAGCAAGCCACGUGGCAGCGCGUCCCGUCACCUCACCAUCCGCCGCCGCAGAAAUCGAAACAGCAAGCGCAGCACGAACCGCCACCGCCACGGCAUCACGCUGCUGACGUGUCAAUCGAUCUGGCCGCUUUACGCGACCGCGCGGUCCGAAGCACGGCAUCUGUAGUGGGUUUCCGUCAGCAGCACAUGGUGCGGUUCUUACGAGACGCCAAUCUGCUCGCGCUGAAGGGGCGCCGCGCGUGCGCAAUGGGGGGCGUGUGGGGGGCGUACGAGGACGUUCCGGUGGUGUGGGAAGGGGAGGGGGAGGCGGAAGCGGAAAGUUCGCGCGGGUCGACAAGCGCAGGCGGCGCGGCGGGAGCGGGGAGCGGCGAAGGAAGGGGAGGGAGAGAUGCGGAGAGGCAUAGCCCGCGCUCGCACGGGUCUGGGGAGGGUUCUGCGCGGAUCGGGGGGAUGGCGCAGGGAGGCUGCGCGGGAGGGGGAGAAGGCGGAAAAUUGCACGCGCGGUUUGACGAGGGCGCUUCGGCGCGGGAGAGAAGGCGGGAGGAGGAUGUCUCAGGCGAGAUUAUCGCUGCUGCAGGGGCCGCCGAUUGUGAUUAUAACAGCGCGGUGCGAGCCGCGGGGUUGACUUGCAAGCAGCAGGUACUUCAAAUUCCUGUCCCUUCCUUAGAGGAAAUCUUACACGUCCCUAGGAGCAUAGCUUCCGACCAUGGGGGGAAGGGGAGGGGCGCGGGGAGGGGCGGAAGGGGGGUGGGGGAAGACGACCCACUCCGCCUAUCCAAUCCCCCUUCCCCUAGCGCCACUGCCACAGCCGCGGGAACGGAGGUCCCCCUUUCCCUCUUCGCUGCCGUGCCUACCACCCCUGGCGGAACGGGAGGGGGAGGCGGCGGGCGCGGAGGGGGGGGAUCCCCGCCCAUGGCGGAAGGAGGUGGGGGGAGGGGAGAAUGGUGGGGGAGAGACGAGGUGUAUAAUCACCAAGGCCAUGUCGUGCAAGGAAAGAGAGGAGGCGAAGCAGCAACAGGAGCAGCAGGGGCAGCAGGGGUAGCAAGGGCAGCAGGGGAGAUUGGAUCUGGUCAUGCCACCAGAAAGGUGCACAGUACUUCCAGGGUUUUCCCCAGGCAGGCUUCACCUGGGGGAGGCGGGUUUGGGGGAGGCUGGCGCAGGGCUGGCAGUCCCUGGCGGGGGAGAGGAGGGGGGGAGGGCGGAGGGGAAGGGGGGAAAGGAUGGGGAGGCGGAGGGGGUGGCGGAGGGGGAGGGGGGAGGAUGGUGGGGAUAGGGUUUGUGGUGGCUGCGGUGCCUAGGUGGGUGACCCCCCCUAGACGGUUCUGGAAGAGUGGAGGGGGGGAAUGGGAAGGAGGGGCAGCAGCAGCUGCAGCUGCCGGGAAUGUUGCUGAGAACGAGCUGUCGCAACGCAGUUGGCACGGCAGUGGGGCUCCCGCCAGAAACAGAGCUGCUGCGAUGAGGUGA